ACGCCACUCCAGUUCCCCUCCAGCUCUCUGUCACAUUACACCGCUGGACGGGACAGGAGACGGAGACAGGAUACCUCCUCGUCCGCUAUAUUUAGAUGUCUAACCUGCACAAACAGAUCCUUUCCUGUCCCUUGGAGAAAUCUGAAUUGAUCUCAGGAGGAGGACGAUCCAGAAGAGGCUCAGACUGUGAUGGCCUCAGUCAAAAAAGACAACAGAUUGACGAGCUCCCAAAGCUUUCUGUGUGUCGGUUUCGCCGGGGUUUUCAGUAAAACUGUCACUUCACCUUUGGAAGUGGUCAAAAUUAAGAGUCAGGUCGGUACUUUUCAUUGUAAGAACGGUUUCUGGCAGAGUUUUCUGCUCAUCUACCAGAAUGAGGGACUCCGGGGGUUUUGGAAAGGAAAUCUGGCUUCUUGUCUUCGAUUGUUUCCGUACACAGCAGUUCAUCUGUCAACGUACAAAAAGUAAGUUCACCUCUUUAUUACUUUAUUUUACUUCAGUGCACACAUGUUCAAUAUUUUUAUCCCGGUUCUCUGCAGGAUCUUUGUUAAGUCAGCUUGUUAGCUAACUUGGUCAGCUGACACUGAUUAAACAAGUUUAUUCUCCAAACAGUGUGAAAUAAAACAACACUUUGAAUUUAUGAAAGGAUAAAAACACCUUUUGGGAGGGUCUGAUUGUUGAUUUCUGUUUUUUUUUUUUUUUCAACCAAAAAAAGAGGGUUUAUACAAAUAGUUUGUUUACUUCCACCCUUUCUAUAAAGAUUCACUUCCUGUUAUACCGCACGAGACGCACCUUCUAAUUUUCAGCCAAUCACAAAGCUCUAUUCGCUCAGUCGAUUUUUAAAGUGGCAGGGUUAUUUUCGCCCCGUUUUUUUGCCUCACAGGUACUUUGCGUUUCAGGAUCGGAAUCAGAAAUACUUUAAUAUCCCCAGGGGGAUAUUGCUUUUGUUACAGUACUCCAGUACAAAUACAGUAAAAAGAGGAGAUAAAUAAUAGAUAAAAUAAGUAAAAAUAUGGAGAUAAUAUACAAGUAUUUACACUAUACACAACACAAAUAGUAACAUUGUAUGCAUGUAAAAUUCCUGACAAUAGUGACAUACAGUAUAACACAUUAAAAAGCCCAAGAAUUUACAAGCCUACAGAAUUUACAGUGCAACUACAGCAAAAAGAGGAAAUAAAUAAUAGAUAAAAUAAGUAAAAAUAUAGAGAUAGAUGGAUAAAAUAAGUAAACAUAAAGAGAUAACAGACAAGUAUUUACACUAUGUACAACACAAAUAGUAACAUCGUAUACAUGUAAAAUUCCUGACAAGAGUGACAUGCAGUAUAAUAUAUAAAAAAUUUCAUUUAAUGUCUGCUUUCUAAAGUAAAGCCAUUCAAACUACCAAAAAGAGGCUUAGUUUUAGUGUCUUAAAAAGACAAAUCAAAAAGAAUAGGCUACAUCAAGAAAUAUUGAGUGUGUCAAAUAUGAAUAUUUGCUUUUCUAUUACAAUCAAUCGUAUUAUUCUUUGCACUGUUGAUUGAAAAUCGGUAUGUAUUUUUUUUAUAAAAAUGCAUACAAGGUGAAUCAUCAACCAUAGGGAUGUGUAGUAGUUGCAGGCCACUGGAGUGGAACUGACGUCUGCAAAGCUGUACUCAGGGCACAGGAUUGCUUCGUCAGCGUGUGAGGUUACUGCAGGCCAAAAACGUGCCGCAAUCUCGUCAGCGUGGCUGGUUAAUGAACGUCUGUGGAAAAAAGUGUCUAUAGCUUGACAACAUUAACUCCGGUUGCAGUCAUACAUGUUGUGGCCUAUGGACAGUCUGCUAUCAGUGGGUAUCCUCUCACGUUUCAUUCCACGUGUGCUUGUAAACAUUACCGAUUCCUGAUAUGGCGCACUACUGAGCUGUUAGUACACCGUGUUCCAGGAAAAGAAAGUCCUCCUCUCAGCACACACAUACACACACAGACCCACAUGGCCAGUGUUAUUAGCUCGCUCCUCGUGUGUACACUACCUCAACCCUUAGAAGAGACUAUUUUCAGUCUCCUCAGUGAAACAGUGAGUCCUGACAUAAUUCCCAUUAUGACUCAUGAUGCCACCAUAGACCUUCUAAACAGAUUUAUUUUUAAAAAAUUUUUUUUAGUAUGGCUGCUGCUUGUGAUUAGGGUGAUUAUUGUCUUUGUAUUUUAGUGAAAAAGGAUGAAAAAUUCUCAAAAUAAAUAAAAAAAAAAUACAAAUUUCUCCAACUCAAGGAGGUAUGAUAUGAAAUGUUCUCCAUAUAUCUGCACUGUUGAGCCAAUAUCCCAAACCCAAAGACAGACAUACACGACACUUGGCUGGAUAAGCUCUUUACUGAAAAGAAAAAGAAAUUAAACAACCAAAGACACAUAAACAAAGUGUAUCUUUCAGAGAACCAUUGGAUGACUGUAAACUGUUAAAUAUUGUAAUAUAAAGAUUGUUUUAUUUUCUCCUCUGUCUGUGCACAGGAUAGUCCAUCUGCACAUGGAUGAGCUGGGCUUCAUCUCCCAGUGGAGAGCCAUACUUGCUGGUGGAUUUGCAGGUGUUGCUGCUGCUCUGGUCACGUACCCUCUGGAGGUGGCAGAAACCAGGCUGGUGGUUCAGAACUGCAGGCAGCCCACGUACAUCGGUGUAUUUUACACUCUGUCAAAGAUCCACAGGAGUGAAGGGCUGCUUGCUCUCUAUAGGGGCUUUUCUCUCACUCUUUUGGGUGUGUUUUUAUGAUCCUACCUACGAGUUAAUUUCCUGUGUUUUUAACAUAACAAACUGCUCUCUAUAUAAUGCUGUGUUUUAACCUAUACACUCUGUUUUAAGUUUAUAAAUAGUUAAUUAACUUCAUCUUGUUAUAUUUUCACAGGAGCUUUUCCCUUUUCUCUGGGCUGCUAUGCAGUCUACACAAACCUGGAUAAGCUCUGGAAGGAGCCUCCUUUUCGUUUCACUCCCCUCCAGAACUUUAUCAAUGGUUGUCUUGCAGCGGGAGUGGCUCAAACUCUCUCCUACCCCUUUGAAACUGUAAAAAGAAAAAUGCAGGUAAUCAACAUCCAGGUUACUUACUUCUAGGCUAUAGUUUCUACUUUUGUUUUGCUUUGUAGAGAUAUAUAUGUUAUAUGAAGCUAACACUUCCCCACACGGCAUUUGUUUGCUAUGUCUGUCCCUCAAAAAGGGUUUUUAUCCCGGGUCCCAGUGGUAUGUAAAUGGGAUUGUUGCAGUUGAGUUUGAAUAAAUACAUUUCAUUUCUUAAUUCAUUUGUCAAUAGCAGCUUCUGCCAUCAGUGUGUGAAUGUAAGCACUCAGCACUCAGAGGUUAGUCUAUCUAAAUACAGACCAUUUACCCUUUAUGUCCUUCAGGUGUCAUUUUACAUUUUCAUGGAAAGCACUACAUUAAAAGAUCCUGUCAAACUCACCUACCUAUUGCCCCUUGUAGUAUCAGCUUUUGUCCACAGGGUGGCAGUAGUAGUGUAUGUGGAUUAAGUUUAGCCUGCCUUGUCUCUGAAGGUUUUCAAAGGCUGAAAGUUUGACUUCUCAAAUCAAAAGCUCACAACUUGUUUAACCUCUGGUUGUUUAUAAAUCAGCACAUCUUCCCUCAGUUUUGUCAAAACGCUCUGCCGUAGAAAAGAAAUCGGGCUUCACCACGCUCACCAUAAAUGCUGUUUGAGAUUCUUUCUUCAUGCUAGAAGGACACAUAGGGAACAAUGGUGCUUCAAAGGACAGAAUUCUACAUCCGGUUUUAUCAGUCUAUUAUUAGCCAUCACAAGCUUUAGCACGGUCUGACAGCAGCUGAGAAUGUGAAUGUGCCCCUGGUCUGCACAAGCUAUAGAUAAGUUCUCCAAAGAUAGGCAGAAACUAUCAGACAGCAGACGAGGUGAGAGCUGUGUAUGUCCAGAUCAUCAGACCAUCACAAACAACUGAUGAUUAUGUCACAUAACUACCUCCUUUGGGAUCCAUUUCUUGUCUUUGUGUUAGAGUUAAACAUUAAAUUCAGACCGAGGAUAGAUGAUAGUGUUUGCAGAAGCUUAGGGUGAUGAUUUAAGCUAAGUGUUGUUUAACUUUGCUGGCUCAUUUGAUGUUUCCUCUACAAACAAAGCUGUUUGAAUAUUUAACACUCAUAUGGAAACCUUGAAACCCCUUAAGAUUCAAGUCUCUGGUCAGAUGACAGUCAGCCUGUGGAGCUGUUGCUGUGGUUAGCUAACCAGCAUGGGACAUAGUCUUGCAUCUGAGACAAAAAGGGUCAAACAUUUUUCACUGCAUGCUUUAUGUGCUUGAGCGAAUUAAGAUUCGGCUAAUUUGUGCCGAUAGCUGAUAUCCAGAUUGAAAACAGUAUGAAAGUUAAUCAAGAGCCUAUAUAAUUGUCCUGGAGCAGUUCAUGGAGCAAUAGUACCACAUAACCCAAGCUGUGAUAAUUACUGGCAAACACUUCUGAUUUAGGACUGAAUUACAUUACUGCCAAUUUGUCGAGUUUGAUCUCCCUUGUCAAGUCUCACUUGACCUUUCUUUUUAAUCACACAUACAUUAUUUUGUGACAUUGAUUUCUGAUUCAUUCUCACUUUUGCUCUUUUCUCAGGCACAGAGUCCCCGUCUGCCCCAUUUUGGAGGAGUCGACGUUCAUUUCAGAGGGAUGAUUGACUGUUUUGUGCAGGUGGUCAAAAACAAGGGGGUUCUCUCACUGUGGAAUGGACUUACCGCCAACACAAUAAAGGUGCAAUUCCAAACUAAACUUGCACUCUCUGUUGAUAAACGAAGGUUUAGUCUGCCAGUAUGUGUAAAAGUAAAAGGAGCUAGAAUGAGUGCACGUGUUCAGGAACAUGGGUGACUUUGUUGUAACCCACGGCAUACAAGCCAAGUGAUGAGGGCAGAAAAGAGGAGGGGAUAGCAAUGUCCAGAGAGUAAUUCAUAGCAAGAAUAUCACAAGCAAGGUGAGUAAAGUCUGUCUCUGGAACAGCAUGCUCACAUCUCACAUUUCAGCUGCAAAUGUCAUCAUGGCUGCUGUAUAAAUCAGUCAAUCAUGAGCAGCUGAAUGAAAGUAAAGCAACUCUACAUGCUGCAGAAACAGUACAUGAUUACUUCUUAAAGCAAUACCCCAGGAUUUGUGGGCAAUAAUGUUACCACAUGUUUGAGUUGAAUAAUCCACUCAUCUUUAUCUUCCACUUCUGUGUUAUUUCUGUGUAGAUUGUUCCCUACUUCGGCCUUCUCUUCACCUGCUUUGAGAUGUGUAAGCAGGUCUGCCUUUACCGCAACGGUUACAUCGUGUCACCUCUGAGUUACAAGCUUACACCGGGGGUUGACCAGAGCCUCGGGCCGCACGAGCUCGAAGAGGUGAAGCGCUACUUGAAAAACAGGAACUUUGGGUCAGCUGGGUCGUCUUUAGGAAACCGCUGGUGAGACUUCACAUGCAAAGAACAGGUGCUCCUGCUGACCACACCUGACCUGCACAAUGAGUGAUUUGCUGAGCUAAAGGACUGCAGAUGCUUGGAAGAUUAAUCAAAAUCCCUUUUCAGGUUCUUGUCUUUAUAAAAGGUAUUAACAUGCUUUUACAUGCCAUGUCAGCAACAGUCUACCUCUUUCAAGGCUUUUAUUGUAUCUUACAGUAUUCUUUGAUGAUGACUCCUUCUCUUGCACACCAUGCUUUUUUUUUUUUUAACAGAUAUUAUGUGCCUUUAACAUUAACUAUUUAUUUUUAAGCUUAUUUUAGUUGUUUCUCAUAAACAUCAGAAGUGCCAUAGUUUAUUCAGAUAUAUUCACAGUGCUCUUCCAAUGUGUUUAUCAGUUUGAUUGUUUGUUUUUUUGGAGGCGGUACAAUGGAUGUAGCAUAUUUUGAUGCUUCAUUUGGCUACCCAUAAUCAUGUAUGAGAGCUUAUAAGGGUUGUGGUGAAAGAAAUGUGCAUUAACAUUAAACUUUAACUGAUCAAUUUUCGAUCCUUUCAU